AUGGCGAACCUUUACUUCACCCACUCGAGCGCUCCGCUCAAGACGGUGCAGGAGAUCCAAUUUGGACUUAUGUCUCCCGAGGAGAUUAAAAGCAUGAGUGUGGCGCACAUUCUGUAUCCCGAAACGAUGGAGGAAGGCGGCACAAAGCCGCGCGACGGUGGCCUCAACGACCCUCUUCUCGGCUCGAUCGAUCGACAGUUCAAGUGCAAGACCUGCACACAGGCUAUGGGCGAGUGUCCUGGUCAUUUUGGACACAUUGAACUGGCAAAGCCUGUGUACCACCCUGGCUUCAUCAAGAAAGUCAAGAAGAUCCUGGAAAUUGUCUGCCACAACUGUAGUAAAGUGCUGGCUGAUGAAAGCGAUCCUGAGUUUGUCGCAGCAAUCAAUACUCGAGAUGCAAAACUCCGCUUCAAGCGAGUUUGGGCCGUCUGCAAGAAGAAGCGGAGAUGCGAGAAUGAGGAUCGGACAGACAAGAACAAGGACGAAGAAUUUGCGCCUGGCAUGAAGCCUACCCUCGUGGAAAGCCAUGGCGGCUGUGGCAAUGUGCAGCCUCAAGUACGACAGGUUGCCCUUCAGCUGAAGGCUGCCUUUGAAGUGGCCCAAGAAGAUGGCCCUAAGCGGAAAGAGACGGCCCCCAUCACCCCGGAGAUGGCUCAUAGCAUCCUCCGUCGCAUUUCUGAAAGUGACCUGCGUAACAUGGGUCUCAAUUCGGAUUAUGCUCGUCCGGAAUGGAUGAUCAUCACUGUUCUUCCCGUUCCCCCGCCCCCAGUCCGUCCUAGUAUUUCCAUGGAUGGCACCGGUACUGGCAUGCGGAACGAAGACGACUUGACAUACAAGCUUGGUGAUAUCAUUCGUGCCAACGGUAAUGUCAAGCAGGCUAUUCGCGAGGGCUCACCGCAGCAUAUUGCGAGAGACUUUGAAGAGCUGCUUCAAUAUCACGUUGCAACCUACAUGGACAACGACAUUGCUGGCCAGCCUCGCGCUUUGCAAAAGAGUGGGCGUCCUGUCAAGGCGAUUCGUGCCCGCCUCAAGGGUAAAGAGGGUCGUCUGCGAGGCAACUUGAUGGGAAAGCGUGUUGACUUUUCUGCACGUACCGUUAUCACGGGAGAUGCCAACCUGUCCCUUCACGAAGUCGGCGUUCCUCGCAGUAUUGCUAGGACUCUGACUUAUCCUGAGACAGUCACACCUUACAACAUUGGAAAGCUACAUCAAUUGGUCGAAAACGGUCCCAACGAGCAUCCUGGAGCCAAGUACGUUAUCAGAUCCGACGGAACCCGCAUCGACCUGCGGCACCAUAGACGUGCCGCUCAAAUCUCCCUGGAGUAUGGCUGGAAAGUUGAGCGUCAUCUGAUGGAUGGUGACUACAUCAUCUUCAACCGACAGCCUUCGCUUCACAAGGAGUCCAUGAUGGGUCAUCGUGUCCGAGUUAUGCCUUAUUCUACCUUCCGACUCAAUCUUUCGGUUACUUCUCCAUACAACGCCGAUUUCGACGGUGACGAGAUGAAUCUCCACGUUCCUCAGAGUGAGGAGACUCGUGCCGAGGUCAAAGAGCUGUGUUUGGUUCCGAACAACAUCGUCUCGCCUCAGAAGAACGGUCCUUUGAUGGGUAUUGUCCAGGAUUCCCUUGCUGGUGCUUACAAGAUCUGCCGACGUGACACCUUCCUUGACAAGAAUCAAGUCAUGAACCUCAUGCUGUGGGUUCCUAACUGGGAUGGCAUUAUUCCGCAGCCCGCUAUUCUGAAGCCGAGACCCCGUUGGACUGGUAAGCAGAUCAUUAGCAUGGUCAUUCCCAAGGAAAUCAGCUUGCACGCCCCCGAAGACAAGUCCGAAUCUCCCCUCCGGGAUACUGGACUGCUCAUUCAGGCUGGUGAGCUUAUGUACGGUCUCAUGAAGAAGAAGAACAUUGGUUCCGCCUCCGGUGGUGUCAUCCAUCUUUGUUACAAUGAGUUGGGACCAGAAGGUGCCAUGGCGUUCCUUAACGGCGUUCAGCAAGUGGUUUCCUACUGGCUCCUGCAAAAUGGCCAUAGCAUUGGUAUUGGUGAUACCAUUCCAGACAAGCAGACAAUCGAGAAGGUCCAGGUGCAUAUUGACACCCAAAAAGCCGAGGUCGCCAGGCUAACGGCAAUGGCUACUGCCAACGAGUUGGAGGCCCUGCCCGGUAUGAAUGUCCGAGCGACUUUCGAGAACAAGGUCUCCAUGGCUUUGAACAUGGCUCGUGACCAGGCUGGUACUACGACCCAAAAGAGUUUGAAGGAUUCAAACAACGCCGUCACCAUGGCUGAGUCCGGUUCGAAGGGAUCAUCUAUCAACAUUUCUCAGAUGACGGCGCUUGUAGGACAGCAGAUUGUCGAAGGAAAGCGUAUUCCAUUUGGCUUCAAAUACCGAACUCUGCCCCAUUUCACCAAAGACGAUUACUCACCUGAGGCCCGUGGCUUCGUCGAGAACUCUUACCUCCGUGGUCUUACGCCUUCUGAAUUCUUCUUCCACGCCAUGGCUGGUCGUGAAGGUCUCAUUGAUACUGCCGUCAAGACUGCUGAAACAGGUUAUAUUCAGAGACGUCUCGUCAAGGCUCUGGAAGAUCUCAAUGCUCAAUACGAUGGAACUGUCCGCAACUCUCUGGGUGAUAUUAUUCAGUUCCUCUACGGUGAAGACGGUCUUGAUGCCAUGUGCAUUGAGAAACAGAAGCUUGGUACUUUGAAGAUGUCUGAUGAGGCUUUCGAGAAGAAGUAUCGACUUGAUCUGGCCAACCCCCCUGAAUGGUUCAGAAAGGAUUACGAGUAUGGUAAUGAAUUGACUGGUGACAAGGCUUCCAUGGCUCUUCUUGAUGAGGAGUGGGAUGCACUUCUUGCGGAUCGUCGUGAGGUCCGAGAUAUCAAUCGCUCGAAGAUGGGUGAGGAGUCGAUGCAACUUCCUCUCAAUAUUGGUCGCAUGAUUGAGACGGCGAAGCGCGUGUUCAACGUUAAGGCAAACGAUCGAAGCAACUUGAGACCUUCUGAUGUCAUUCCUGUUGUGAGGAACGUCAUCAGCAAGCUCAAGAUUGUUCGAGGUGACGAUCCGAUCUCUAAGGAGGCAGAUGCUAGUGCUACCAUCCUCUUUAAGGCUCUUCUUCGUUCUCGGUUAGCCUUCAAAGAGGUGGUCAAGGAGCAUCGCUUGAACAAGCUCGCCUUUGAUCACGUCCUCGGCGAACUUCAAAACCGAUGGGACCGGUCGUUUGUUAACCCUGGUGAAAUGGUUGGCGUCCUUGCUGCUCAGUCUAUUGGUGAGCCCGCCACCCAGAUGACACUGAACACCUUCCACUUUGCUGGUGUGUCUUCCAAGAACGUCACGCUCGGUGUGCCUCGACUCAAGGAAAUUCUCAAUCUGGCGAAGAACAUCAAGACCCCCAGUAUGGCCGUGUACCUGGAUACUCCGCUGGCUAAACAGGAGCAAGCGAAGAAGCUGCGAAGUUUGGUUGAGUACACUAACCUCCGAUCGAUUACUUCCGUCACUGAAAUCUACUAUGAUCCGGAUGUCCAAUCUACAACCAUUGCAGAGGAUGUCGAUAUGGUCGAGUCCUACUUCUUGAUUCCCGAUGACAGCCAAGACACUAUCGAUCAACAGUCGAGGUGGCUCUUGCGUAUCACACUUGACAGGCAGAAGUUGCUUGACAAGGAAAUCAAGAUUGAUGACGUUGCUCAGCGUAUCAAGGAGGAGUAUCCCAACGACUUGGCCGUCAUUUUCAGCGACAACAAUGCCGAUGAGCAAGUCAUUCGAAUCCGUACUAUUCGACAAAACGACGAGAAGGAUGAAGAUGGCGAGAAGAAGAUUGAAGAUGAUGUGAUGCUGAAGCGCCUUGAAGCCCAUCUGCUGGACACUCUGACGUUGCGCGGUGUGCCUGGUGUUGAGAGAGCUUUCUUGACCAAGGGCACUCGCCUUGUCGAAUCUGUUGAUGGAUCUGAACUCGCGCUCAAAGAUGAUAUCCGCUGCACUCAAUGGUAUUUGGACACUAGCGGUUCGGCCCUCCGCGAGGUCUUGGCUGUUCCCGGAGUUGAUCCUACACGAACCUACACCAACGACCUGUGGCAGGUUAUUGAGGUGUUUGGUAUUGAGGGUACUCGAGCUGCCCUUGUAAAGGAGUUGACGGCUGUGUUGGCCUUUGACGGUUCCUACGUCAACCAUCGACACAUUGCUCUGCUCUGCGAUGUCAUGACAUACCGUGGAAGUAUUUCUGCUGUAACACGACACGGUAUUAACCGUGCAGAUACUGGUGCACUCAUGCGAUGUUCAUUCGAGGAGACGGUUGAAAUUCUUCUCGAGGCUGCUGCUACAGGAGAGCUUGAUGAUUGCCGUGGCAUUUCUGAAAACGUCAUGCUCGGCCAGAUGGCUCCUAUGGGAACUGGCCACUUUGACGUCUUCCUGGACCCGAAGAUGCUGGAAACAGUUAUUUCGGACAACUCUCGCAUGGGUCUCAUGCCGGGCAUGCCUGUCAAGGAAGGAGAAGUUGAGGGUGCGGCUACACCGUACGAUACUGGAUCUCCCAUGGCCGACUCUGGCUACCUCAGCCUCAACUCCCCUGCUGCCGGAAACUUCUCGCCCAUCCAGGGCGCGGGUUCGGAAACACCAGCUGGAUUUGGAACCGAGUAUGGCGGUGGCGGCUUUGGUGGUAUCGGGUCUAUGAGCCCGUACUCCAUGCGCGGAGCAACCAGCCCCUUCAGCACUUCUCCAACAUCGCCAUUCAGCUCCGGUAUGGGUGGCUACUCUCCAUCGUCGCCCAACACUGGAUACUCUCCUACGUCUCCUAUGAUCGACGGCGGUAUCGGCCGAUAUGCGACAUCGCCUUCAUUCAGUCCUUCUUCGCCGUCGUUCUCGCCUACGUCACCAAUGCUGCGACCAACAAGCCCUGCGAGCCCCAAUUACAGUCCCACAUCGCCGAGCUAUUCGCCUGCAUCCCCGUCAUCGCCGAGACAUUACUCGCCAACCUCGCCGGCCCAAUUCAAUUCUCCUACAUCGCCUAGCUACUCUCCUGCUAGUCCCAACUACAGUCCUGCUUCUCCUAAUCUGCAUGGAGCUGGCGCAACUUCUCCAUCCUAUUCGCCUGCUUCACCCUCAUGGUCUCCGACAUCCCCAGAGGCCUACUCGCCCACGAGUCCAAGCUUCUCAAAGAGCCCCGGGUCGCAGCAGUCUCCGACUAGCCCCAGCUACUCGCCCACUUCUCCGUCAUUCUCUCCUCGGACACCUGGCCCGGGAGGAGCUUCUGGAAACCAAUACUCACCUAAUUCCCCCGCUAACGAUUGAUUUUAUCUCAUAAUGCAUACGAGGCAUGUUUUGCCAUCGACCAUCAAUUUAUUCUUUUUUCUUUACGUUGUGUUUUUUUCCUAUAGUUCUCCCGGUGGAAGGAUUGUGAGAACCUUAGCAUGAUAGAUGUUUAUGCAGCCGGUAGCAAAAGCCGAAAGUGGAUAAAAAAAAAGAAACACCUAUACAAAAAAUACUCAUAGUUUUGUCGAUUCGCGGUCUUACCAGAGAGAUUAGAAAGGGUUGACGACAGGUUUGCAGCUGACAUGUAUACUAGACGCGAGAAUGAAAAGUUUUUAUCUAGGGGAUUGACGACCCAGAUUGGAAUCAGAUUGCAAAAAAGAUAAUGGGCUUAGCGGAGGAGAGCAAACCUGUCACUGGAACUUGAGCUUGAGAAUGGAUUUGCUUAGUUGAAAACAAUACUGCGAUCCUG